GCUGCCGUCGCUCUGAGUCGCCGUCUGAAGCUCAGCUGAGUGGCUGGAUGUUCCCGCCGCCGCCGGAUGGAGCGUAAGAUGAAACACCGCAGGGGGCGGAGCCUCUCUGAGGCCCUGACCCUGGAGCAAACCGGGGAGGGGGGAGUGGUCAUCUCCAGUAUCGAGGACACUAUAACCAACCAGACACUGAAGGAAGGAGAUCAAAUUUUGGGCGCAACAAUCAACUUUGAUCACCUUUCAAAAGAGGAAGUGAUUCAGGUGCUGAAGAUCAUGGAGCCGUAUGAUGACAAGAUCAAAGUGCUCACUCGCAACAACCGAAGCAAGAGCCUUCAAGACCUGGACCAGACAGCGAAGACCCCCGAGGCCAUGCUGCAGGAUUCAUACAACAAACUCUACAAUUCCAAAAUCAAGAAGUACAUGAGGGCCGACUCACCUGGUGCCGAGGGAGGUUACGUGAAUGGAGACGCUUCUCUCGGGGCAAACUUAACCGGCACAAUCAAGGCCAACAAAAAGUUGCCGCGCCUCGGAGUCGACUUUGGACUUUCAAAAUCCAAGACUCUGAGCACAGAUGAUUUACAAUCUGAUUUGGGAGAAUUAACGUACGGCAGCAACCUGAACCUUCCCCCUCUGGGUGUCGGCUCCACCAUGCCAGGAUUUAAAGUAGAUGCUCAAAGUCCGCACCUAAAUGCUCCAGGCUUACGUCUGUCUGGGACUUCGCCACAGGGCAGCCAAACCUAUGAAGCUCCAGAAAUGGAUGUGGACUUAACAGGUCCAGAAUUUACUGGUCCCGAUAUAGGUGCGAACCUUCCUAGAGGAAAGUUGACUGGUCCAUCUCUAGAUGCUGGGGUUCCCAGAAUGAAUUUUGAAGGGCCAAGCCAAGAAUUCAAAAUGCCAAAAUUUAAAACACCAGACCUGGACCUCUCUGGAUCUUCUCUCAGUGGACCAGAAUUUGAGGUCAACACACCAGAAGUUCCCUCUGGUAAACUCAGUUUCAAAGGACUGAAAAGCCCAGAUCUGGAUGUGGACGACCUCUCUGGUUAUGUAGAUUCACCCAAUCUGCGGCUGUCUGGAAAGUCGCCUGACUUGGACUUGCAAAUGUCAGAUAUUAAUGGUGACAUUUCUGCACCGAAUUUAAGUCUACCCAAAGCUGAUCUGAAAGGACCCAAACUGAGCACUAAAAUGCCAUCAGCUGACAUGAAAGGUCCAUCUGCCAAAUACAAGGCUCCAAAGUUUACAAUGCCCAAGUUUGAUUUGCCAGACAUUGAAGUUCCAGAGUUGCCAUCAGCUGAUCUUGAUGUAAAUUUGCCCAAACCAGAUUUUGACAUUGAAACACCUUCUCUCAACCUGAAAGGCCCAAAGUCAAACCUUGGAACUCUAUCUGGGAAAUUUAAGAUGCCAGGGUUAUCAGGUCCAAAACUUGGUCAUGAACUAAAGACUCCAGAUUUUGACCUGUCUGCCAGCUCCCCGGAUCUGGAUUUACCAGACAUGAAAUUUCGUAAGCCUAACAUAAAUGCUCCCGACUGGGAUAUUGAUGCUCCCUCUGGUAAAAUGAAAAUGCCCAAGAUGAACCUUUCUGGAACAUUACCAAAUGGGCCCAACUUGGACAUGAACACAAAUCUGAAAUCACCAGGUCUAAAUCUUAAAACCCCAAAGUUGAAGGGUGGGUUUGAUGCCCCUGAUAUGGAUUUACCCAACAUGAGCAUUAAAACCCCAAAGUUAGAAGGACCCAACAUCGAUCUUAAAGGUCCUAAAACGGAUGUAAACAUGCCAGAUUUUGACAUUGCAGGAAAGUUCAAGAAACCAAACUUGAACAUGCCAAGUCUGGGACUCUCUGGUCCAAAAUUAGAUGGUCCUGACCUAGACAUCAAUUCUCCACAUCUGGACUAUUCUGGUCCCAAUUUCAGUGGUGGAAUAAACUCACCAGACCUAAACCUGCCUAAAGCUGAUCUCAAAGCCCCCAAACUGGACCUCAAAGCAACAAAGCUCAACAUGCCAUCCGGAAAGCUGAAAAUGCCCGAACUUCCUUCUCCAGACUGGGACCUUAAGGCCCCUUCUGGCAAAAUGAAAAUGCCUAAAUUUAAUUUUUCAGGUACUUUGCCAAGAGGACCAAAGAUGGAUCUGAAGUCACCAGAUUUUGAUGUGAAAACACCAACGCUUAAGGGAGGGAUUGAUGGCCCAGACAUAGACUUACCAGAUAUGAAUCUCAAAGCUCCAAAGUUAGACGUGAAUGCCCCAGAUGUCAACAUUGGCUCACCCAAAGCAAAGCUGAAAUUUCCCAAAAUAAAAAAACCAAAUUUUGGUCUCCCAAGCCUCAAAGGACCUGACAUUGAUGGCAACUUCAAUGGUCCAGACAUAGAUGUCAAUGCUCCCAAUGUUAACCUCAAGGCCCCUAAAGCUGACCUUGAUGUAGACUUUGAUGGGAAAUUCAAAAAGCCCAACUGGGACGUUCCUGAUUUUGGGCUCUCAGGUCCAAAGUUAGAUGGCCCUAACCUGGACCUGACUCCACCAGAUCUAGACCUUUCGGGUGCCAAUCUAAGUGGUGGCUUGAAAACACCAGACCUUAACAUGCCAAAGUUUAAUCUCAAAAGCCCUAAACUGGACCUCAAUAAACCAAAACUAAACUUGGACAUGCCAUCCGGGAAACUUGAAACCCCAGAGCUUCCCUCUCCAGACUGGGACCUUAAGGCCCCUUCUGGCAAAAUGAAAAUGCCAAAACUGAAUUUUUCAGGUACUUUGCCAAGAGGACCAAAGAUGGACUUAAAAUCACCAGAUUUUAAUCUGAAAGCACCAAAGCUCAAGGGAGGGAUUGAUUCCCCAGACGUAGACUUACCAGAUAUGAAUCUCAAAACACCAAAGUUAGAUGUGAAUGCCCCAGAUGUCAACAUCGGCUCACCCAAAGCAAAGAUGAAAUUUCCCAAAUUAAAAAUGCCCAAAUUUGGUCGACCAAGCCUCAAAGCGCCUGAAAUUGAUGGCAACUUCAAUGGCCCUGACAUAGACGUUGAUGCACCAAAUCUAAACCUCAAAGCCCCAAAAGGUGACCUGGAUGUAGACUUUGAUGGACCAUCCGGAAAAUUCAAAAAGCCCAACUGGGACGUUCCUGAUUUUGGGCUCUCAGGUCCAAAGUUAGAUGGCCCUAACCUGGACCUGACUCCACCAGAUCUAGACCUUUCGGGUGCCAAUCUAAGUGGUGGCUUGAAAACACCAGACCUUAACAUGCCAAAGUUUAAUCUCAAAAGCCCUAAACUGGACCUCAAUAAACCAAAACUAAACUUGGACAUGCCAUCCGGGAAACUUGAAACCCCAGAGCUUCCCUCUCCAGACUGGGACCUUAAGGCCCCUUCUGGCAAAAUGAAAAUGCCAAAACUGAAUUUUUCAGGUACUUUGCCAAGAGGACCAAAGAUGGACUUAAAAUCACCAGAUUUUAAUCUGAAAGCACCAAAGCUCAAGGGAGGGAUUGAUAUUGAUUCCCCAGACGUAGACUUACCAGAUAUGAAUCUCAAAGCACCAAAGUUUGACAUGAACACUCCAGAUGUCAACAUCGGCUCACCCAAAGCAAAGAUGAAAUUUCCCAAAUUAAAAAUGCCCAAAUUUGGCCGACCAAGCCUCAAAGCGCCUGAAAUUGAUGGAAACUUCAAUGGCCCUGACAUAGACGUUGAUGCACCAAAUCUUAACUUCGAAGGCCCCAAAGCUGACCUGGAUGUAGAUGCUAAGUUCAAGAAACCAAACAUGAAUCUCCCUGAUUUUGGGUUUUCAGGCCCAACAUUAGAUGGACCUAAUCUGGAUUUCAAAUCCACUGACUUGGAUCUGUCUGGGCCCAGUCUCAGUGGUGGGUUAAAAACACCAGACCUUAACAUGCCUAAAAUGAAUCUCAAAUCCCCCAAAUUGGACUUAAACGUUCCAAAGCUGAACUUACCAUCAGGCAAACUGAAAGCACCAGAGCUAAAUGGAGGUAUUGACCCCCCUGACCUCAGCUUACCUAAAAUGGACUUGAAAACACCAAAGUUGGACAUGAAUGUUCCAGAUGUAAAUCUUGGCUCACCCAAAGCGAAGAUGAAAAUGCCUAAAAUGAAAAUGCCUAAAGUGAAUCUACCAAAUGUUAAAGGACCUGAGAUUGACGGAAAAUUUAAUGGUCCAGAUUUUGACAUCAACGCACCGAACCUCAACCUCAAAGGUGCAAAACCUGGCUUUGAAAUCCCAGAUGUUGGUUUAAGCAGUUCAUCGGGCAAGUUUAGAAUGCCACAUCUAAAAAUGCCCGAUGUGGGAUUUUCUAAACCAGAGUUAGAUGGUCCAGACAUCGACAUUGGGACACCAAAUCUUAAUGCCAAAAUACCGAAAGGUCCAAAUUUGAGACUGAAUCCCGAUGUGAAAACCCCAGAUUUAAAUGUAAAGGCUCCAAAGAUAAAAGGUGGAUUGGACACACCCAGACUUGGUUUUCCAAAGAUGGACCUCAAUGCUCCCAAGCUGGACAUGAACACUCCAGAUUUCAAUAUUGGCUUACCUGACGCAAAGCUCAAAAAGCCCAAAAUAAAUUUACCCAAUGGCCCAAACUUUGACAUUGGUGGCAACCUACAAGGACCUGACGUGAACAUGCCAGAUUUAGACUUCAGUGGUCCAAAAGGAAAGUUAAAGAUGCCAAGUAUGAACACUCCAGACCUCAGUUUCUCAGGGCCAAAUGCAAAAAUGCCAGACAUGAAUCUUUUUGGGCCUAAUGCCAGUCUCAGGGCUCCCAAGCUGGACCUGAAUGCCAAACGUCCUGAUCUGGGAAUCGAUGGCAGCAUAGGACGACCUGAUCUGAACCUUCCCAGUUUACCAAACUUUGAUGUUUCACCUCCAAACGCCAGGAUGAACAUGAAACCUGUUGAGUUGACGGGGAACGUCAGAACCCCAAGGCUUAGUGCCCCAAACAUGGACCUCAGCUCCUAUAAACCUGCCAUGCAUCUUAGAGCUCCAGAUCUGAAUGUUGACGAUCCUUCCCUGAGUUUCAGGUCUUCAUAUGACGAUCUCAGAGCACACGACUUCAGUACAAAUAUGAGAGUGCCUGAUUUAGAUGUGGAUGGAAAUUACAGACUCUAUCCGUCUGAAAGGAAGACACCCGUACCAAAGCCGAGGGCCAAGGACGCUGCCUUCGGCGGGUCUUUUGGUCAACGCGUUGAUUUCCAUCGGCCCGAUCUCAAUAUUGACGAUUUCACAGGGAAAGACCAUGUGCUCCGAGCCAGGGGGUCUACCCUGGACCUGCAGGCACCGGAACUGCCUCAUUCAGGACUCAACAUCAACGCGAGGGAGCCGAGAAUCUCCAGGAGAAUCCCGGCUGCUGGCUCCGAACUUCUGCCACAUUUCGGUCAGGAUUCACGAGUCCGAGUGCCGAACAGGCCGGACGAAUACCUGGUCACUGCUUUUAACAAAUCUCAAAAUCAGGCCAACCAUAAAUACAACACGCUGGGAGGGUUCGACUUCGAUCCAGGAAACCUCGAUCUGGAAGUUCCCAAUCAGAACGAUGUCAAAGGGUCCUUCUUCGCCAACCUGGUGUAGUUUUCAAAGCACCGCAGUCUUUACUCUGCCUUUUGCACUGGGAUUAUUUAUUGUGUUUAUUGCUUUGUUGUGGAAUGUGGAUUUUUACUGCAUGUGUUUGUUACCCGCUGCUUCAUUCAGGGCUGUUUUUUUUUUUUUUUUUUUUUUUUUUUUAAUAUGCCCUCCGUUCCUGGAGACGAGCAAAGAUUCAAAGUGUGGUUACUUUGCAGCAUUCUUGCACUUGUUUUAUAUACUGAUAUGGAUUUUUUUUUUUUUUUAAUCAAUGUAAGUAUUGUAUAAUAUUUUCUUGAAAAUAAGAUAUUUUGCAGUGGCAGCAACAAAUUACAAACAAACUACUGAUAGGAAAAAAACAGAAUGUGUACAUUUUAUAUUUUUGGGGUCCAUCUGUGUAAAUAAAGGAUAAAAGUGG